CAGAUGCCAGUACUUUGCGGACCGUUUAGUCUGUAAGUUCCUGUACAGAAGUAUUGCUUAGUUUGAGAUUUAACUCACUAUCAUCAUAUUUGCUGCAAAAAUGGAGACAGCCUUCACUGAUAAAGAUACAUAUCAAGAUAUCUUUGAUCCAGAAGGAUACUUAAAUACAUAUUAUAACCCCAUAAAAGGAAUUCUGGUGCUUGAUGGAUUUCUAGAUUUUGCGCUGAGGAAGCUUCAUGAGGCUUUCAGUACAAGAGGUGUAAAGGGUAAAACAUUGAUUGAUAUUGGACAUGGACCUACCAUUUAUCAGGACCUUUCAGCUUGCGAAUCUUUUGAUGAGAUCAUUGGCGCGGACUACACUGAUCGCAAUCGAGAGUACUAUGAAAGAAGCCUGAGAAAUGAGCCUGGAACAUUUGACUGGACCAAUGUGAUUCAAAAAGUCUGUGACAUGGAAAAGAAAGGGACAUCAGUAGAAGAGAAAAAGAAGAAGCUUAGAAAUACAGUGACGAAAACUCUGAAAUGUGAUGUCCUAAAGAGCAAUCCAUUAGACCCACUGGUUUUACCCCAGGUUGACUGUGUGAUGACUCUUGGUUGUCUGGAGUGCGCUUGCAGCGAUCUGGACACCUAUCGAAAUGUUCUGAAAAAUGUCUCUUCUUUGCUAAAAGUAGGAGGUCAUUUAAUCAUAACUGAGGUUCUGAACUGUACCUCCUACCUAUCAGGGGGCAAAAGGUUCUCCUGUCUGAAGCUAACAGAAGAGUUUAUGAGAAGUGCCAUAGUUGAGACAGGUUUUGAAAUUGUAGAUCUGGAAGUCAUCUACAGAAAGUAUGAUAAAGACCAGUUUGAGCUUUGCAACCAUGACUCAAGUUUGUUUGUUCUGGCUCGCAAGGUGAAAGUUGUUUAGUCAAAGCCUUACAAUGCUAGAAGCCCUACAAAGCCCUACAAGGGAUAUUCUGGGGCAAAAAAAUGUUCAUGUUGCUGGGGCUAUUGUAUAAAUGAAUAAAUGCCUUUAUUCCCCGCAGUUUCCUUUGCAGCUCUUUCCAGAUCCCUGCUGCUUACCUUUUCUUCAUACUUCCAGGGCCUACCUGCUUAACUAAUCACUAGUCAAGAUGGGACACCUCUGCGGUUUGUGAUUGGUUGAGCAGGUAGGUUUUGAAUCUUGUCUUGGAAGGAGGCAGAAGAGGCAAGCAGGGGGGACUGGAAGGAGCUGCAAUAGGAGCUGCCAGGAACAAAUCCCCUUUUUUUUUUUUCUUAAUUUUUACAGUAGCCCUAGCUACAUAUACAAUUUUUUUGUACCAGAGUACCAUUUUUUUUAUUACCUUAAUCAUUAGAAUAGGUGCUUAUGCUAAGUAAGUAGUCAAGAGCAAAACUUGCCUUUGUGGGCCAUAUAGUAGAUAGUAAUUCUUAUCUUAUCGCUGCUUAUUGUAAAGGAAUCAGGAUUCUUGUACAAUAACAGAAGUCCCUGAUCUCUAGGUAGUGUAGUAUAGGGUGCCAUGCAAAUGAUCUACUGUUAAACUGGGUGAAAAUAAAUGCAUUUAGUAUUAAAUGGGCACACUAAUUUUUACUAUUGCAUGUCCCAGGCAACGAUUUUCUCCUCAGGAGCACAGCAGGGGCCCGCAUCUUCCUUCCUCCACAGUGCAGGUGCCAUCAUCGGCGCUUGCACUGCGUGUUGCGUGGGGGCGGAGGUCACGUCUCCUCUCUGUGUAGGCCACAGUUUCGGCUUACACAGAGGAGACACCUUCUGCUGUAUAUGUGUGUACCGCUGUCUGCCUGGGGAUCCGGGAGAGGUGCCCUGGAUACCCAAUAGCAGCGGCAGGCCCUUUACCAGGCCGGGUCCUCGGACCACACUCGAUCGGACCGACUGGUCAGUCCACGCCUGGGUUUGGCUGACUUUUACCUAACAUGUACGGGGUCCACAAGGAAAACAUCAUAUAUACCGUAUUUAUCGGGGUAUACCACGCACCAGCCUAUAACACGCACCCUUAUUUUACCAAGGAUAUUUGGGUAAAAAAAGUUUUUUACCCAAAUAUCCUUGAUAAAAUGAGGGUGCGUGUGUGUGCAUGCGUAUACCCCGAUACAACCCCAGGAAAGGCAGGGGAGAGAGGCCGUCACUGCCCUCUUCUCUCCCCCUGCCUUUUCUGAUGUCUAGAGCCCUGCUGCCGCCGCUUCUCUCCCGCUGGCUAUCUGCGCCGCUGCCCAUUCUCUCCCCCUGGCUAUCGGUGCCGGCGCCCCAUUGCCGGUGCCGAUAGCCAGGGGGAGAGAAGCGGCGCCGGCAAUGGGGCAGCGGCGCCGACAGCCAGGGGGAGAGAAGGGGCAGCGGCACCCAUUGCCGGCACCGCUGCCCCGUUGCCUCCCCCAUCCCUGGUUGUAUAAUUACCUGUUGCCAGGGUCGGGUCCGCGCUGCAUCAGGCCUCUGGUGUGCGUCCCCUGCGUCCUGCACUGCACGGCGCGGCGCAAUGAUGACUAAAGUUAUUUUUCUUUGGGAUCGGGCUAAGUGGGCUAGCUAGCCCUUGCUCUUUGGGCCCAUAACCUUGUCACUAGUUAUCUUUCCCUGGACCACUUUUGGUAGGUAAAUAACGACUGCAUACAAGAAACACCCCACAAGACCUGCUGUUUUGAGAUUCUCAGACUCCUUACACUUAACCAUUUUUCCUGUUUCCAACAUAUCAUCUUCAAUAGCUGACUGUUCUCUUGCUGCAAAAUGUAUCCCACUCCAUGACUAAUGCAAUUGUAAUAAGAUUAUCAAUGUUAUUCACGUCCCCUGUCAGUGGUUAUAUUGAUGUGACUGAUUGGUGUAUCAAACAUUAUAUAUCAUGGCAUUUAACACUGUGCGCUAUGUAUUACUAUUUCUCAAAUAAAGGAUGCAUUCUUA